AUUCGAUAGUAGUAUCAAAUGCAAAAUUAAUUUAUGUAAUUUAUUAAAAGAAAUUAUUUAGAUAAAUUAUAGCCACGUAAAAUAAAAAGAAAAAGCUCCCAUAUUGAAAGAAGAAGAUUGAAAGAAUUGAUGUGACUAACAAAAAAAUUACAAAAUUUUAUGAUAUAAAUGUGAAACGUAAUCCUAUUUCAUAUAUUGUGUAUAUAAGAGAAUAGUAUUUUUUCUAGUGCAUUUCUUCGUUUUUCUACUAUAUUUCGUAAUGAAAUGAGUCGAUUAAAACAAAAUUUGUAGUAGCUUCACUUUUUUUGGUAAUUGAAUAUAACCCCUGUAAAUAUACAAUAAAUAAUUAAAAUCAUUUUCCAUUUUGAAUGUUUCCCUCGCUUCUCUUAGAUAAUUUUACUACCAAUUUACCCGAAAAUUACGUCACGCUCUCUGAUUGGUGUUUCGUUUGACAUGUGUCACAGAUUACAGAUAGAUAUUGAAAAAUAGUAAUUUUAAAUAACCAAAAUAUUCGAUGAAUAAUCUUUAAACUGUAUGAAUUUUUUAAUAACACGAAAUGUUUUUUUUUUAUUUGAUUGCUGUCCGAUCCCAAUCGCAGCAUUCUAAACAAUGUCAUUUACCACUAUUUCGUUUGCAGUCCGCGCGGUCAGAAGGGGAAUCUUCAGGGGAGCAGUCUUGCGAGAGUUCAGAUGAGGGGGUAGGCCGUGACGCACCAGCGCCCCUCCAACAUCCGCCCAGUCAGCCCCACCCGCACCAGCCUCACCCGCCUCACCAGUCACCACAACUUCACCAGCACAACAUGAACCAUCAUCCGGUGGUCUCACAUCCGACACUCAAUAACCAUCAGAUGAGCCACCAUCAAAGGAAUUCGCCCAGACCCCAUGAGAGGGAGCUCAAAGUUCGUGACGAUUUCGAAUCACUAAAGUCGUCACUCCAUCCCCACCUCUCAUCACUGGCUUCGUUGGCUCAAGGAGCCCCGCUUUCGUCACCGAGCAGCGUGUUUGCUUUGGCCGGUGGGGGGCCCACGGGUGGUUUCCCGUACGCACCUCCUGCGUUUUUGGCCCCCGCGCCGCCGCCACCAGCUCAGCCCGCGGGGUCAGCGUCGUCUUCGUCAUCUGAGGGCAGCGCAGCAGAAUUAGCAUUCAAUGACAUCGAUGAUUUUAUUGUGACCACCAAAGACAACCGCUACUAUGAUACUUAA